UAAAUAAAGGUAGUGAGUUACGAAUGAAUAGCAACUAAAAACAACGCGAGAUUAGAGUCAGUUGUUUUCUUCGCGUCAUUGUUUUGUAAUGCACCAGAUUGUGCUCCUCUAAUUUCAUUUACAGUGGUAGUCAAUUCUUUUGAAGAUAUAAAAGAUUCGCGUGUAUUUCCACUUGCGACAAAGCGCCUCAGUGAACAGCUUUGAAAGCGUUUUGUCAACGUUGUCGUUACAAGCAGCGGAUCUGGAGAAGACGAUAGAAUCCGGUGCUCGAUAGAGUCCCUAAUCCCUCUAGCUUUGCUCAAAUUGUAUUGCAACGACACUUCUACACGGUGCUAUCCCCAUGCACGAAGAUUCAAAUCGUUCUUCUAUCUGAAUUCAAAUCGGAUUCUGCAGCUGCAUGAGUUUCUGUCGGACCAAUUGAAACGACGACGGAAUGAAAAAUUACCUGUUGCUGCACCGGCAGUGUCAGGGAUUAUAUCGAAUAAUCCUGCUGUUAGCACUGUUAUCAACGGUUCAAUGUGCCGAUUCCCGGGACGACUGGUGGCAGGACACGGUCUUCUAUCAGAUUUAUCCCCGCUCGUUCAUGGAUAGCGACGGAGACGGCGUGGGAGACCUCCGGGGAAUAACUUCAAAGCUACAACACCUGGCAGACGCGGGAAUUGGCGCCACCUGGUUGUCACCCAUCUUUCGCUCACCGAUGGUUGACUUUGGGUACGACAUCGCAGACUACACGGCCAUACAGCCAGAGUACGGCACCAUGGAGGACUUUGAUGCAAUGAUGCAGGAAGCGAACCGGUUGGGAAUUAUGAUAGUGCUGGAUUUCGUGCCGAACCAUAGCAGCGAUCAGUGUGAGUGGUUCGCGCGGAGCGUUGCCAGAGAACCCGGAUAUGAAGAUUUCUACGUGUGGCAUAAUGGCAAAGUGGACCCGGAAGGAGGAGAUCCUUUGCCUCCGAAUAAUUGGCAAUCAGUUUUCUACGGUUCCGCUUGGACCUUCCAUCCCCAGCGAGGUCAGUUCUAUUUGCAUCAGUUCACCAAAGAGCAGCCGGAUUUGAACUUUCGAAACCCGGCGGUGGUUCAACGAAUGGAUGAGGUCAUGCGGUUUUGGUUGGACAAAGGAGUGGCCGGCUUUCGAAUUGAUGCAGUGAACCAUUUGUUCGAGGUAGAAGACUUUCUCGAUGAGCCACUGACGGGCACGGAUUUGGAUCCAUUAUCCUACGGGUACACUUACCAUUACUAUACGAAGGAUUUGCCAGAAGCAUACGAAAUGGUAUACCAUUGGCGAUCAGUCCUGGACCAAUGGACCCAGCAGCAUGGUGGACCGACGCGCAUUAUGAUGACCGAAGCGUACGCCAACAUUACUUUCACUAUGAAGUACUAUAAGUCUCCGGACGGCACUCGAGCCGGAUCACACAUGCCGUUCAAUUUCCUGCUGAUCACCGAUUUAAAUCAAGCAUCCAGCGCGCCAGAUUUCGUGUUCACAAUCAACAAAUGGUUGACCUACAUGCCUCGUGACCAUACGGCAAACUGGGUCCUGGGGAACCACGAUCAGCCGCGAGUUGGAUCCCGCUUUGAGAAAGAGCGAAUAGAUCUGAUCAAUAUGCUGCUAAUGACGCUUCCGGGUAUUGCAGUCACCUAUUACGGAGAGGAAAUCGGUAUGUUAGACUACAAAGACAUUCCCUGGGAGGACACGCAAGAUCCCACUGCCAGGAAUACCAACAAGCAAGUCUACAUGGACUUCUCUCGCGAUCCGGAACGAACACCCUUCCAGUGGGACGAAACUAAAAAUGCAGGAUUUUCCACGGCUGCCAAAACUUGGCUUCCCGUGAAUCCAAAUUAUGUACAUCUGAAUUUAAAAAUCCAAAAACAAGCCCCAAAGAGCCACUAUAAGACCUACCAACAGCUGGUCAAACUUAGACGGCACGAAACGCUUCGGAAAGGCUCAAUCGAACUAAUUCCAUACAACGGCGAGGUGGUAACAUUUCUGAGGGAUCUGCCGGACCACGACGGCUUCGUCGUUGUGCUGAACUUGGGCCCACGAGAGCAACUUGUUGAUCUAUCAAUCUUCCCUCGUCUUUCGGAGCGUUUGCUGGUGGCGGUGGCAUCCUCCAGCUCAAGUUUCUCCACAGGGGACUUGGUUCAACGCAACAGGCUGCUAAUCGGUCCGUAUGAUUCAUUGGUUUUGCAGGACAGCCACCACUCCGGACGGCGAGCACUACUCGGAAUUCCCCUUCCGGUUGGGCUGGCAAGUACAGCAAAGGACAUCACCGUAAUUGCGUCAAUAUUAAUUGCGCUGGGCUCCUGUUUAUACCACUUCUAUCGGCGCGGCGGUGUUGGUGGUACCGUUUGGGGCCGCCGGUGGGCACUCCUCGGUUGGUGUACCAGCAGCAGCAGUGGUUACGACUACAACGACAGCAUGGUGGCAAAAAAGAAAUGCGAGCUGGGAGUAGCUCCGUCGCUUUUACUGAAUUGACCUGUGCUGCACACCGUUCAUCGGUAGUUUGACAUGUCUGAGGAUGUAGGCGAUAAUGGGUGCACCCCUGAGAAGAGCGUAACGUAACACAGUGAGGAUUGCCACCGGAUAAUGAGACAUUGAAGCAUAUUUGUUGAUAAACACUAGUGCAGGUCUGUAUACUAGGGUUAAAAGGCUUCUAGAAAUUUAUUUUUGAAUAAACACCUAUUUAUGCACUA